GGACUGAGCCUUGGCGGCGAGGUGGCCAAAGGGGUCCCUAGUGCUGGUUAGGAUCACGAGGACCAGCAGUGUACGGGACCCGGGUCUGGAGGGGGUAAGAGUGGGAACCUGGGAUUAGAGAAGUGAGGAGGCAGCGUAGGACCUGAAUGAUCUUCACUCCUGGAGGCCCCGGUCUGUCCCAGUGCCCAACAUACACCCUAAAGCAGUCUUCUAAAGGCCGAACCUCUGUGAUAAAAGUGAAGAAAUCUAGAGGGCUGGCAGGCUCUGAGAAUGGGGAAGGAACACAAAACGGUUUCAACAGAGGAGCAAAUGGCCUAAGGGAUGUCAGAGAGAAUAACAGACAAGCCCAGAUCCUCUGGACCAGAUCUCGGGGAGGUCCUACCUAUACCAUGAAGGAGAAAGGCCAGGCAGAGACGAGGCUAAAGUGUGGAAACAAGGCUCCACGUGCUGACCUCACACCUCCCCUCAUGAACAGCAUGAAAGUGAGAGACCGCAGAUGGUAAAGCAGUCUGCUCCGGGGGAAGGAUCACCACCUGUGCACAGGCCCAGCUCUGGGGAAGGGCGUAUACCUAACUCACUUUAGUGCCCUCCACCAAGUCCCAGGAUUCCAAUCUGUGAUACCUGGAGCCAUGUGAGUGACAGACGCUAACUCCUUAGAGGUGGAUAAAGGCAAGUUCAAACCCAAGACUAGGUCAAACCAUCAGAUAUUCCAACUUCCAUAGGUCCUGGCCCCAGGGCAGAUGUUGGAUACAGGUCUUGUCACAACAGAGGGAGAGCCCUUGCUGGCCGAGGCAAAGAUACCUAUCCAGCCCUGCCCUUGGGACUUGCACAGUCCUGGUGGCACAUUCCCAGCACUCAGUACAAGAUCCAGGCCCAGCCUUCUGCCCCUACACCAACCCCCACUCCAAAUCUGCCCGGGAGCCCAGCCAGCCAUGAGCUGGGCAGGUCCUUAGGAGGGAACUCGCAGCCAAGUGCAGAAUCCCUGCCAAUUGGCCACCUGCAGCACCACUGUUAGGAGACCAGGAGAGGUUUGGGUGAGAAAAGAGCAGGACAAGAAGUGAAAAGUCCAGCUGAACCCCACAGUGAAACACAGAGUUAGCCAGAGGAGGCAAAGGGCCUGAGUAAAGAUGAACCCUCACCCUUCUCAGCCCUGCUCUGUGCCAUUGAGGGUUGCCUGUGGAGACAGGGAUCAAGAGCUGAGGGGUGGGGGUCACGAAUGGCUUCCUUAUCACUGGCCUGCGGAGGGGUGGCCCUCUCCAUUCCCUUCCCCUGCCUUAGGGAACUGCAUUACCUACAGGGUUCCCUACAUUUUGCUCCCACCUUUGUGAUGCACCCCUUUAUCGAGAUUCCUUCUGAUUAUCCUCAACUGAGUCUAUCUUCUGUUUCCUGCUGGGACCCUUGGCUGAUAGGACCACCCACCCUGGAUCCCCAGAACUGACCUGGUUUGCAAUAGUGAGUCAUGCUGCUAUACAGCAGUUCAGGUUUUAGGUUUAGAAACACGGGCAGACCUUUGUGUCCCAUAAGCCUCUCUUACCUGAGGUGGAGCCAAACGUGAAGCCAUUUUGUUCACUUUUAGUCUGCUCCAGUACACUGGCAGACCUUCUAGGUUCCAAGUUCACGUGGCUCAGGUAAUAGCCUCAUUUCCCCCAGGGCACUACUCCUUUGUGACUUCACCCACUGAAGUCACCCCCGGAGACAGUGCUGAAUGUUCCAUGCUAGACUCUUGGCCUCUUAGGAGGCAGGGACAGCGGGCCUGGCCAGCUCAGAGGACUCUCUGUCCACAGUGUAAAUGAGGACGCUGCUGGCCCAUGUCUGGCAGGGAUGUAGAGGGCAGCCUCAGAGGCACUGGGCACUCCCGGCACCAUGGAUGACGCUGCCGUCCUCAAGCGACGAGGCUACAUCAUGGGGAUAAACUUGGGAGAGGGCUCCUAUGCCAAAGUCAAAUCCGCUUACUCUGAGCGCCUCAAGUUCAACGUGGCGGUCAAGAUCAUCGAUCGCAAGAAAGCCCCCACGGACUUCCUGGAGAAAUUCCUUCCUCGGGAGAUUGAGAUCCUGGCCAUGCUAAACCACCGCUCCAUUGUCAAGACCUAUGAGAUCUUUGAGACAUCAGAUGGCAAGGUCUACAUUGUCAUGGAGCUUGGGGUCCAGGGCGACCUCCUUGAAUUCAUCAAAACCAGAGGAGCCCUGCAAGAGGAUGAUGCUCGUAAGAAGUUCCACCAGCUCUCCUCGGCCAUCAAGUACUGCCAUGAUCUGGAUGUUGUCCACCGAGACCUCAAGUGCGAGAACCUUCUGCUUGACAAGGACUUCAACAUCAAGCUGUCUGACUUCGGCUUCUCCAAGCGCUGCCUGCGGGAUGAUAGUGGUCGACUGACAUUAAGCAAGACCUUCUGUGGGUCAGCGGCUUAUGCGGCCCCCGAGGUUCUGCAGGGCAUCCCCUACCAGCCCAAGGUGUAUGACAUCUGGAGCCUGGGUGUGAUCCUCUACAUCAUGGUCUGUGGCUCCAUGCCCUAUGACGACUCCAACAUCAAAAAGAUGCUACGCAUCCAGAAAGAGCACCGCGUCAACUUUCCACGCUCCAAACACCUGACUGGUGAGUGCAAGGACCUCAUCUACCGAAUGUUACAGCCAGAUGUCAACCGGCGGCUGCACAUUGAUGAGAUCCUCAGCCACUGCUGGGUGCAGCCCAAGGCACGAGGUCUGUCCUCUGCAGCCAUCAACAAAGAGGGAGAAAGCUCCCGGGCCACUGAGCCCCCAUGGACCCCUGAACCCACUGGUGCCGAUAAGAAGUCUGCCACCAAGUUGGAGCCUAGGGAAGAGGCACGGCCCGAGGCCCAACCUGAGACAAAACUCCAGGAAGAUGUUGUGCAAGUGACCAAGCAGUCAGAGACCCUGGGCCUUAACAGUGAACUGAACAGGGAGACAGAGGAAGGGCACCCCCAACAGCCUCCAGAGACACAUACCUAGUGAGCCUCUUGCAGCCCAGGGGGCCAGCAGGGAAUGAGGCAGAGCUCAUGGCUUGAAGCCUGAGCCUAGAAGUCAAGGGAUGAGAGAGAGAAGGAAGACAGUCCCGGAUGAGCUGCUAUUUUCGUCACUUUCUUCUCCCGCCUUUGAACUUGGUAACUCAACAUGGCUAAAGAAGCAAUAAAUCACUAUAUUGGUGCAGACCCUG